AGAGAAAACGUGUCCAGCUGGGUGGCGGAAGACCUCGGGCGCCGGGAGCGGAGAGCGCGGGCCCCGGGAUGCAGCUGCCGGCUUUGCGGUGGCUCUGGCUGCUCUGCUGCAGCUGCAGCGCGGGAGGCGCCGGCGGCGGUUCGAGUCCCAGCGCCGCCCUUCCCCGGACCUGGCAGCGGAACCCGGAGCGAGAGGCCGCCGCCUUCCGGGAAAGUCUUAGUAGACAACGAUACUUGAACUCCUUCUUUUCUGUUGAAAACUCCUCUGCCUUCUAUGGAAUAAAUCAAUUUUCUUAUCUGUAUCCUGAAGAGUUUAAAGCCAUUUAUUUAAGAAGCAGAUCGUCCCGAUUCCCCAGAUACCCAGCGGAAGUACAGAUGUCCCUCCUAAAUGUGUCCUUGCCAUUAAAAUUCGACUGGAGGGAUAAGCAUGUUGUGACUCCAGUGAGAAACCAGCAGGCGUGUGGCGGAUGCUGGGCCUUCAGCGUGGUGGGUGCGGUGGAGUCCGCGUGGGCCAUCAAGGGGCAGCCUUUGGAGGACCUCAGCGUGCAGCAGAUGAUUGAUUGCUCAUUCAACAAUGACGGCUGCAGUGGAGGCUCCACCCUGAACGCUCUGCUGUGGAUGAACCAGACACGAGUGAAACUAGUGUAUGAUUCGGACUACCCCUUCAAAGCGCGGAGUGGCCUCUGCCGUUACUUCUCGACCUCACGUCCUGGGUUUUCAAUCAGAAACUUUGCUGCAUUCGACUACAGCGACAAAGAAGAUGAAAUGGCAAAAAUGCUUGUCACCUUUGGCCCUCUGGUAGCGAUCGUUGACGCGGUGAGCUGGCAGGAUUACAUGGGAGGCAUUAUACAGCACCACUGCUCAAGAGGAGAGGCCAACCAUGCUGUUGUCAUAACUGGCUUUGAUAAAACAGGGAGUAUACCUUAUUGGAUCGUGCGGAACUCCUGGGGCAGUUCCUGGGGAGUGGAUGGCUAUGCCCAUGUUAAAAUGGGGAGUAAUAUUUGCGGCAUUGCAGAUACUGUUUCUACUAUAUUUGUGUGACAUGUUGGGCAGAUCGAGAGACAACUACCAAGAUGAAGACCUUCAUAAUGCAAUGUAAGCUGGUGCUUUAAACAUUAGACAACUCCAGGCUGCAGCAACGCUCCACAGAUGGCUCUGGUGCCCAGAAGUAUUUAGACUCAGUUGUAAAGAUUUGGACAACCAAAGUCUGUAAGCAGAAGCCCAGUCGAUGGCCCCCAAGGAAACCCCUGGGGAAGCUUCCUACCAUGAAUGGAAGGAGAUUCGGAGUUCUGAGGGAACCACAUAAUUAGCUAACAUGAAACUUCAACUUUUUCUUCUUCUUUUUUAAUUCAUGCAAACAAGGCAUCUACAGGUCAUUC